CGAGACAUGCAUACGAAUGUGUACUUGACUAUAUAGGUUUUAUACGUAUGUUUCCUGAUGUAUGUAGCCAAUAAAACGACAGUGUAUUGGCAAGCAUGUUACCCACAAUUUUUGUGGUAUUGUGUGUGGUAAAGUUUUGUAGGUUGUAAGGAAUUAGUUUAAUUCGGAAACACUUUUGAAAUGGUCAUAACGGCUGAUGUAUAUUUACCACCUGAAGAAGAAUUAACAGUCCAAGAAGUUAAUCUGAGUGGUCCGGCACUUAGAGCUGGAGCGUUUCAUUAUGGAAAAUAUUGCGAGUUUCAGAACAAUGAGUUUAUGCUUUGUCGCAGCGAGCUUAAUGAUCCUAGAAAAUGUAUUUCUGAAGGAAAAGCUGUAACAAGUUGUGCUCUAGACUUCUUUAGAAAAGUGAAGAAGACAUGUUUUAAGGAAUUUACACAGUAUGCGAAUUGUCUUGACAAAUCUAGCACAAAACUGGAAUUUGAACAUUGCCGGAAGACGCAAGCUGUUUAUGAUAAAUGUGUCCUGGACAACCUUGGAAUUGAACGUCCUCAAUUUGGAUAUUUUUGUGAAGUGAAGGUUCAUGACACUAAACGUCCAAAACCAGAGCCCAAGAAACCGGAUGUGUAUCCUGACUACACACCAUACUUACCAGAUGAUUAUCCGCGUCCUCCUGCUAAAUAUGGUUCACGAUUUCACUGGAUGGAGUAAAGUGCUGACAUUACUUCCUUUGAAAUAAAUGCUUUCAUGUCUUGAUACUGCAUUUAAAAUGUGAUCUUGAUUUCAAAGGCAUGUAAUUGUAGUAUAUUUAAUAAAAAAAAAGAAUUGUAAUUGAUGUUAUGUGUGAGAGAAGAACUAGUAAAGUAGAUUCUUACUCAAAAAGUU